CAGAGAGCAGAUGUGAAAGUUUUAAACAAUGUCCCUAUAACUCGGAAAAUUCUUAGAAGUAAAUGAAAAUGAAGUUGUUUGGAUUUAGUUCACCGGUUACAGAGUAAACAAAAUUUGAAGGACAACGCAAUUGAUGACGACAGCAAAAACGACAAAACCAAUUUGAUAAGGAAAGGGUAUUCGGGUCUUUUGAUAAGCAAAGCUAAAACGGAAAUGGAUUUUCAUUGGUUAAAUACGUUCUCUGACAAAUUAAUAUUUAAAGAUGUGACAUGUGUUGCCUAUAAAUAUAAAUGUGGAUCAGGAUAAAAUCUUAAAUCAUUAUAGUUAUCUAACCGAAAUGGUCGUCCUAAGAGUUGUUCUGCCUUUGAUUACUUUCCUCGGAGCGUUCAAACAAAUUUCCUGCGCUUCUUUCAUCUGGCACCAUUACAUGACUAGUCAACCAUUACACCAAGAUCAUGUUAUCUUCCAUUACUUCAAAGUUGAAGAUGAAGGAAUUAGCAUGUUUGAAAAAUUAUUUAACGGGUCGCAGUGUUACACAGAUGAUAAUUAUUCUAUGAAAGUGGUAGAUGGAGAACCAAAUUUUACUUUGGAGAAAUCGAUGAAUAACUGUAAACAACUACGCAUAGUCAUAUUACAUAAUGAAACUACCGAGGAACCUUAUAAAAUCGACAAUGUGACUGUCCUAAACACCUUCAAUCCAACAUCAAACGAAUGUAUUUCCGCAUCCGGUUCCUUUCACGUAGUGUUGACCCAGACUAGGAACCCAUCAGAGGAAGAUCAACAGAAGAUAUCAGAUGGUCUGAAAAAUCUUGGCAUACACGGACUCAAACUGACAGACCUUUCAGUUUGUCCUGACCCAAUCUGAAUUGUGCAAUUCAGAGAAACUGUCUGGAAAUUGAAUAAAUGGUAUAAAAUUUA